CGAGCAUGGAAGCUUUACGAGAGCGUCUCGGGACGAGAAUAGUGAGGUGCAACAUCACGCCUGAUGGAUAUGGGGAUGCGGUGGUUAUCACUGGAUCAUCGACACGCGACGGCUGUGGUAUGCCUCAUUCGGGCACUGCGUCAGCAUCGGAUAGAAGGCUCUUCGUAAAGCCAGCAGAAGUCGAUGUGUCUUUCGAGUCAUUUUACCAGAACGUGAUGACGCCAGGAGCGCUGCAUGCAGAAGUAGGAGGGUCGAAACCGGAAAGACUGGUGGCCGAGAGUCCCGUCUACUCUGAAAGCUCAACAAGGACAGCGUCCACUGAAGAUGGUGAGAGCGAUGAUGCUUUUGAUCGAGAGGCAUAUGCAUGUGAUAGACCUAGAGAAGAUGAGGACGAAGAUAACGAAAUAGGGACUGGUCGUCAUUCUACUUCGUGUAGUUCCGCCACCAGCCCAAGAACGGUAGACGAGGACCCCCCCAAGAAACGGCGCAGUUUGGAUUCCAUUCUCGGUAACAGCGGCAGCGUUGUCCCGUAUUUGUCUCUACAGAACGAUUGUUUGAGGCAGGAGAACGCGUAUCGUGACUGCUUUCACGAAGAUCAAGAUAAGCAAAAGCUUGAAAACUUUUUCGCGUCGUUUGGAAAAGCGGUUUUUGGACAGCCAGGGCCAGAGGCAUUAAACUUGUGGGCUGGUGAUGAGCGUUCUCUCAGCUCUUUUCACAAAGACAACUAUGAAAAUCUGUACUACGUCGCCUCUGGGCGGAAACUUUUCUGGCUAGCACCACCAGCGGUUCUUUGGGGUCUUUAUAUCGAACGGCACAAGGCAGCAACGUAUUCUUUGACGCUGAGUAGAGCCGAAAAACAUGAUGAAGUAGGAGCCCAAGCUGUCGGGAAGGCAAACAAGAUAUCUGGGCUUCAUGGUCGUCAUGAUGGACGCGCUGUAGCUCCUCAGGAGCAUACUAUAUGGAGUAUAGACGCUGACGAGGACGACGGCCUACUAAGUGAUAAAGCGACAGACGAUCACGAAGUUGGACGAGGUGGCCAAGAGGUAUCAUGGAGCUCAAUCGACCUUCGUAAGGAGUAUGAGGAGAUUUUACGAGAAUUCCCGGAUUUUGAGUUCACAGGAUGUAAGCAGAUUUGGCUGGAGCCGGGAGAAAUGCUGUACUUACCACGGCUGUGGUAUCAUGCAGCAACACAGGUUGGCCCGACUAUUGCACUGAACGCCUGGUUUGAUAUGCCAUACGAUCAGCUCUUCUGCUUGCAUUCACUUCUCUCAGAAUCAAAGCAAGUUGUGGUACCGUAAAGAUGAGCAUGUUUUUCAGAACUUUCGCUCCAACUACUUUCGCUCCACUUCCUCAUGAUAUGAUGAUUUAAAACGAAAAUAUUUGUAGUUAUUCUUGGUACACCUACACCUGAGCCUGAUAGUACUGUGCCUCUCACUCACGACACGUUCGAUAUCCUCCUCCUCGUCUCUUCAUCCAAAGUGAUUGAGGGCUUCGAAGAAAAUCAAAAUCGUCAAAAAGUGACAUGCUUGUGCAGAUGUCUUCACCGGCGUCUACGUCAAAUUGCGUGAAGUUUGAGAUUUGUUAUGUCAUCAAUUCGGCAGGUAUGAGGAACAAAACUAUGUGACGUGUAUUCGGUGUUGAAGCCUCUGUAAAGUCAUGUGAAAGUAGCGAGCUUCAUUAUCUACUCAAUAUUCAACGAUGAUCUGGACCUAGAUUUUGGAGGAUUUUGUGCACAUGAAAUUUUUUUUUAUAGUAGAGCGUAUGAUUUCUUUGACCCUUGAUGUAAAAAAAGGAAUCUUGAUGUGCAUGAAAUAGUUGAUCGAG